AUGCGCUCUACGAAAGCCUACAAAAUCGUUCACCGUCGUCAUUACAUGUCGCGUAGCAAGAGGUCGCAUGCUACUUACGAGGCUGACUUGCACGAUGAAGCCGCCGUACACGUCGCCUUUGGCACCCCUCUCCCGCCACUUGGCCCGGAAGUGCGCGAUGAUGGCGCCUACAUCCCAGUACAUAAGCAGGAAGUAAGGGAUGAACACGGAAGGCGACGUCUUCACGGCGCUUUUACAGGUGGAUGGAGUGCAGGAUACUUCAACACCGUUGGCUCCAAAGAAGGAUGGACGCCAUCUACGUUCGUCUCAAGUCGCACAAACCGUCAAAAAAACGAGCCACGUACGAGCCGACAACGGCCAGAGGAUUACAUGGACGAAGAGGAUCUCGCAGAUACCGCUGCCACUCAGAACAUCCAGACAACUGAUCCGUUUUCCUCUCUCGGAGCUUCUAGCCAUGACAGACGUCACGCGAACGAUUCCACUGGUUUAGCGAGAGCUUAUGGCGAUACCAUGGGCCUCAAGCUUUUGAGGAAGAUGGGCUGGAAGGACGGGCAGGGCAUUGGCCCCAAAGUACGGCGGACCGCUCGCCUGGGUAUCAUGACCAGCACUCAAGAUGUAACCAGUGGAAACACCCACUUGUUCGCUCCAGAUGAUGUCAACAUGAUAGAGUUCGAUCGCAAGCGAAACCGCCAAGGCUUGGGUUUCAUAGGAGAGCAAAAACUCUCACAGCUAUCUGGUCCAGGCAUCAUACGGGCGAGUCGAGAUCAAUCUGGCGUGGAUGACGAGGCGAGCAACGGCAAUGAACUCUCGGAUGGCCUCCAACCCGCACUCGGCAUCUCACGCAGGACAGGAAAGCCAGUCCAGGCAGCGCCGCGUGGGGGGUUGGGUGUGGGCAUACUGAAUGACACCGGCUCAGAUGACGAAGAUCCGUACGAUAUUGGGCCACGAAUAUCAUACAAUCGAGUUCUAGGUGGAGACAAAAGUAGGAAGAAGAAGAGGCAACCAGCUAGUCUGUCUGCGAACCCCACCGUGGGGUCGAAACCAGUCUUCAUCGCCAAAUCCUCGUCGGCAAAUGCCUAUGGCCAGAAACGAUGUCUUGACGGCAAGCUGCCGCUCAAGGGAUUCGCCCUUGGCCGCAGUACAGAGUCUCGGCUGACUGGACAACUCGCGGUGUCAUAUCGUCCCCCAACCGUACCCGAUCACUGGAUAUCAACGAAGCGCCCUGUCGGUGGGAACACAACAGCAGUGUACAUCUCAACAGCAGACGCUGCCAAGACGGCUCAACAUGAUCCCAGAUCUCGCGCGCUGCUCCUGGGUGAGUCGACGUUGCCUGGCAAAUCAAUCUUUGACUACAUGUCAUCCGCUGCUCGCGAGCGACUGGCCGCGGCCACUGGGAGAAAAAAUCUUCCCCCCGCUAAAGGCGAGAUUCCCGCAGAGUAUGCGCGCACGGCAGAGCAAAAGUUACAGGAUAUGCUAGGGAACAUACCUGUCUUGGCCAAAGAGACGGCCAUUGCCGCAAUGAGUCGAGGAUCAGGCACAGGAGGGCCUUAUGCAAACAACGAGGCCAAGCAGGCAAGAUAUCGACUGUAUCUACAGGAUGCCGCGGGAUUCGGGGGUUCAGCUCCUCUCAAGCCUUCAGGCAUGACCGAAGAUGACUAUGUUAAGGAGAUCGAAGAGUUUUACGGGUGUGCUCGGCUAUUCAAGCCAAUGACGGGCUUUAUGGCAACACGGUUCACGACAGCUUCGACUGGGUCUGGGGAGGGCGUAGACGCAGGCUCUACUCACAAUGCGCAGCAGGUCCCGAGGCCAGUUGGGCAGGCAGAUCAUAUUGAAACGGCGGCCAAGAUGGGAAUGUAUGGGCGCAUGACGAGGCUGACUGCAGACUUCUUUCCCACCAGAUUACUGUGCAAGCGGUUCAAUGUCCGGCCCCCGGCUCAUUCGCAACCAGAUUCAGAUGCGGCAUUUCCAUUAGAGCCUCAUAAGACUUCCUACGGAGUACCUGCGAGUGAGGUCACACCUCACGAACCGCUCAGUCGUGAAACGAACUCAGAUAUGGAUGACAUGCUGGGUUUCGAUAUGGCGAAGCAGUUGUCGACGCAGACGGCCGACAUCUCAAAGCUCGGAAGUGAGGCCGGCGAGGUCUCGCGACCAAGCAACGACAUCUUCAAAUCGAUCUUUGGUGACAGCAGCGAUGAGGCUGAAUGA